CAACUUGGCGACGGAUCUAUGCAAGGCUAUAUUAAAGGCUUGAUUAUGAAACAAUAAGUUUUAAACCCGAUCUGCGUAUCUACAUCUCUUAAUGUAUGAGAUCUUUAGACCUACUUGAUGUGUUACUGUCUCCCUGAACAUCGCAAUUAACCUCUGUCAGAUGAAAUAAACAAGGGGAAACAUUCCCAUAUCAACUUCUGACAAUGAAAGUGAUAGUUUUGACUCUAAUUGUGUCGUUAUGUGCCAAGUUUUGUCUUUCCUUAAAGACAAUUAACUUAAACGGACAAUGGAUUGUUUCAAACUCAAACAAAAGUAUAACUAUCCCAGGGGUUGUUCCUGGGUCCAUGUACACAGCCUUGAUCGCAAAUAACACUAUCGGGGAUCCAUACUACCGUAAAAAUGACCAGUUGUAUAGAUGGAUUGGUCAGGAUGACUGGACAUAUACCCGGACAUUUACUCUGACGUCUGAUAUUCUGCAAUACAGAGCUGUUGUACUGGUGUGUGAAGGGCUCGACACAGUGUCUACAGUCAUCGUGAACAAUAAAACUGUCGGUACAUCUGAUAACAUGUUUGUUAGAUAUGUGUAUGACAUCAAAUCAGCUUUAGUGGUGGGCGCAAACAACAUUUAUAUAGAGUUCAAAUCUGCAGUGAAAUAUGCUAAGUCCCGAGCCAGGCACUACUCGUACCCGGUUCCGCCGAUGUCUAAAAACAUUAAAGCGCAUGGAGAAAAUCAUGUUAAUAUGAUCCGGAAAUGUCAGUGCUCCUUUGCUUGGGACUGGGGUCCUUCCUUUCCUGCACAAGCAAUAUGGAAGGACAUAUACAUUCAAGGGUAUGACACGGUCGUCAUGAGGGAUGUUACAUCCGAGACCACCAGAAACAAAGACGGUUCGUGGUUGCUGAAGGUGGACGUGUUCACAGAUGUUCCCCUUGGUACUACGGCUCAAGGUCAUUUAGAGGUCAAGGUUGGCGGUACCUCUGUUACACAGUCCAUUCCUGUGUCCUUGACCCCUGACAACAAUACAGCUACUAUGAACAUCAACAUUCCAAAGACUGUAAUUAUCCACGAAUGGUGGCCGAAUGGUUACGGAAACCAAACACUGUAUGAUUUGUUCGUUUUCCUAACUGAUUCUUUUGGAACAAUGAACAAUAAAAGGAUUCGCAUAGGAUUUCGAACUGUGGAAAUUGUAGAAGAUUAUGUGUCUGCAGAUAAGUCUGUAGGUCGGUCGUUUUAUUUUCGUGUCAAUGGUCAAGCGCUUUUUCUGAAGGGUUCAAACUGGAUCCCGGCAGAUGCAUUUCUGGAGCGUAUUACGAGAGAACGCGUAUAUGGUUAUCUUAAAUCGGCAGCAGACGUACACAUGAACACUAUGAGAGUCUGGGGCGGAGGAAUCUAUGAAUUCGACAUGUUUUACGAGCUAGCAGACGAACUAGGAAUCAUGAUUUGGCAGGAUUUUAUGUUUGCUUGUGCCAUGUACCCAACUGAUGAUCAUUUCUUGGCUUCCGUUAGUGCUGAAGUAAGGCAUCAGCUGAGAAGAUUGAAACACCACCCGUCAGUUAUAGCUUUUAGUGGAAACAAUGAAAACGAAAAGGCAUUGAGACAGGACUGGUAUGGCACCGAUGUCAACUUUACCAGAUAUAAAAAUGACUACCUAAAGCUAUACAAAGAUACAGUACACAGCAUUGUGAUGCAAGAAGAUACAAGCCGACCAUUUCUCUCUUCUAGUCCUUCUAAUGGCAUAGAAACGCAGCUUGAAGGAUGGGUUGCUAAGCAGCCAUGGAGUACACAUUAUGGCGAUAUUCAUGAAUACAACUAUCUUGUUCCGUUCUACGAUCCAAGUCAGUUUCGAAUUCCAAGAAUGAGUUCCGAGUACGGUCUACAGUCGUUUCCGAGCUAUGAGACGCUCGAGGCAGUAUAUGACAUACACGACAUGGACUACUGGUCAGACCUUAAUGACUAUAGAAAUCACCAUCCAUUUGGCAAUGUUGAAAUGAUGGCUGAAGCUAUACAAUACCUCAAAUUGCCAAAUAAUCCUGACAGAAGACAACGAUUCAAAGACCUGAUAUACGUUACACAGAUAGAUCAUGCAGUUGGAAUGAAAGUUCAGACCGAACAUUAUCGUCGUUGGCAAAACAAGCUUGAUAAUGAAGGUCAGGGUAAUACAAUGGGUGCAUUGUACUGGAUGUUAGCAGAUAUUUGGCAGGCGCCAACAUGGGCUUCUAUAGAGUAUGGUGGUAAAUGGAAGAUGCUUCAUUACUUUGCAAGACACUUUUUUGCACCAACCCUUAUUUCACCCUAUCGAGACGGAAGUGAUAUAGAUGUAUUCAUUGUGCUUGAUGAACUACGGGUAAAGGAAGUACGUCAUCCUGUCCAUCAUACUCUUCACUUCCGGCCAAAAUCUAAUCCACGGCCAUUCAGUUUAUUCGACAUUAGCACGUGGGGUAGCAACCAAGCGACAUCUGUUUCAACCAACCAGAUUAAUCCACAAAAACCUGAUGAGUUCAGUGGAAAUUUGUACGUGGAAAUAUAUUCCUGGGACAGCUUUCAAGCUUUGUAUACCUGGAAAAUACCUUUCACAGUUAACAGCACUGCCCAGUCGGUUUUCCGUCACAAUGUUAACGAUAUGAUAUCCACGUCGGGCUGUAUAAGGACUAAACGAUGUUUUCUCUUCUUUCACUUUGGUGAUCCUUCCUCAGGACCUACUAAUUACAUUCCUCUAUCUGAGUUCAAUACAGUAGAAGGCAUCAGCAACGCUACGAUACAGAUUUCCGACGUACAAGCUACAUCAACACAAAACGAAUUCACAGUGAUGUUGACAGCAGAUGCCAUUGCACCAUUUGUUUGGAUAGAAGCUUAUAACGUCAAAGGACGUUUCUCUGACAACGGAUUUCUGAUGUUACGUAACACCAUGACCUUGACGUUCUAUGCGUGGGAAACAAUAGAUUUGGCUACGCUCAAAGCUGCAUUGUCUAUUAAAUCUCUCAUGAAUAUGUACCACUAAAUAAUGAUAGACAUCUGAAAGAUUUACGGCAAUAUACAGCAACGGUAGUUGGUUGAAGUGUAAUAAAAAGAUAAAUUGUAUUUUUGAAGGGAUAUGCUUUCUUUUAUAUAGGUAUUAAAAGUAGUCAAAACUACAAAAUAUAACAAAGUCAUUUUUAUUUUUGUUUUCAUUUAAUUCCAAAAACCUGUUAAAGCCAGAGCCCGUAGAUCAGAGAGAUUCUGCAGUUGCAACAGUAGGAAACACGCAUACAUUCUCGCUACUCUUACAUAAAACGUCACUGUAAACAAAACUAAUGAACAAAAUAAUGUUGAUCAAUUUCAUUUCAAUGUCACUAAAUGCGAGAGGAACAUCAGCUUAGUGUUUUAACGCUGAAGUGAUUUCUUUAACAAUUUAUUUAGAUUUUAAUCAUUGGAUUACUUUGACAUGAAAUUAAUUGUUUUAGUUGUAUUGUAGGGACAUCAUUUCGCGAGUGUUAAGUCGUAAAAUAAAAUCUAGAAUCGGAACUAUG